GAGUCCAAAGAGAAAUGUGGACUGAGGAACACGUACAAGCAUUCUUGGAAAGAAACCUACCUUCCACCUUUGGUGGAGAGCCACAAAUCGCUGAAAAGAAGACACAGCUACGUUGCAGGUGAGCUGUAUGCUGGGAAUUUGACAGGUGUAAAAAAAAAACACAAACUAAGGAGGCUCUUCCAGCCCAAAUCUGGAAAGAUGCUAAUAUCUUCCUGCAGCUUGUAAUUAAAGUGCUGAAUUGUAUUGAUUGAUAACUGAAGCAGAACAACCAGUUGGAGAAACUUGCAGUGAAGUAUACAAGAACAGCACUCCACUAGCCCCCAGUUUAGCAAUCUGUAGGAGUGUUUGUUCACUUCAAGAUAGUGUGAGGGAUAUAUACAUUUUAAGGAGAAGUUGUUAAUAUUUGCAGCCCCUCCAGUGCUUCCCUCAGUCCAGCUGUCAGACACAAGCUUUCACUUGCAUUUUUUCUGAUUUCUGCCUUUUGUUACUUGUGUUUCUUAAAUUUCAAGAGCUGUUUUCUGUUCCUUCUUAGCUGGGGACAUGGAAGGUUGCAUAAUGGUAUGGAUAAGAUUGGCUGAAUUGCUUUUGCAUUAUUUUGGAGCUAUGUUCUGCAUUCUCUGAGGAGAAUGGGUGAUGCAAAUAGUACUGCCUAUACAGUAUUAAUGUUUCCACAGCCUGAUUUUCCCAUCUGCCAAAAUUCUCUUUUGGGCAUUAUCCUAGGGACAGAAGCAUAUCUUCUGCCAGAGGAGCCCUGCAGGCUCAGUAGAAGGCAGUCUUUGUUGAUGACUUAGGAAAAUUCCUGGUGUUCUUCCAGCAAGGGAAAUAUCAUCAAAAAUAUGAAUCCCUUUCAUCAGCUUCCCUUUUAGUUUUGUUUGACCAUGAAUGCUUUUGGUUUUCCAAAUGAAUCUCUUUGGACGUGGAGUGGACUGCCAGUGGUUAUGGCUGAGCCUACACUACAAAGUCCUCAUAAGAAAAGUAAAUUAAAAAAUCUGAUUCAUCAUUUCUCUAAGCUUUGUUUCAGCAUGUAUUCUGAAGGUAUACUGAAACUCAGACUGUUAUUUUGGGACAGUGAUAUGCCUUGAGACUCAAGUCUAGCUAUGGGUGAGGUUCCACAAGGUGUGGUGAACUAAUCUAACAGCUUGCUGCUGCCAAAUGGGACAGGACACAGAAGGAAAAGCAGCACAGAAGAGCCAGACCUCUCUCUUUUGUGUAACUAGCUCUUAACACCAGCUCAGCAAUGAGUGUGACUACAGCCUAAAACCAUGGAUCCUGUUUUACUGGCACUGUUGCAAAGGAAUUUCCUGGUAAUAAGUGAAGGCAAGUGGAGCUAGAGUUUGAGUUACUACUGUGCGUUCUAGUUUUUCAUUUCACUUUGAAGACUCAUUGUUGAUUAAUUUCUGCAAUUGUGAGAUCCUUUGGACAUUAAUACAGCAAACAUUUGACUGCUUUUUUCGGAGAUGCGAUAGGCUUGUCUCUUUUUUUUUUUUUUUUUUUUUUUUUUUUUGCCCUCCAGAUGUAGCAGCUGUAUGUUUUUCUUCUAGAUUAGGAUAGCAGGUAUGAAAAUGCUGUCUCCUGAUUUUCUGCAGUGUGUUAAUGAGGUCAAGUAAUUGAUGCAUUCAGUGCUGCGUGCUCUGGUGCUGACAGGGUAUCAUAUGAAUGGCAUACAAAGUAUUCGCGAUUCAUCUGAAAGGAAUGCAAAGGCACAGGGGUGCCUGUAUGGGACUCGUGUUGUGCACCAGCUGGAUCUGCAGAAGGCAAAGCAGGUUCAGAGUAUUCAGUGCCUGCAGAGAUCUGAGAGUAGCAAUGUGGCUUCUAUUCCUGCAGAGUAUGAGGUCAUGCAAGAGGGCUGCAGACAUGGUUGUCAUGAAGAACUUUACACACAGCUUAUCUUAUCUGAUUCUUUUCAGGUUCUCCUGGGAAAGUUUCAAAAAGAUUAUAUACAAGAGGUUCCCUAUCCUGAGUUGGCUUUUUUCCUAUCAGUUCAGAGAGUGGAUCUUGAAGGACCUCCAUGCAGGCCUAAAUGUUGGGUUGGUUCAGGUUCCUCAAGAUUUUUGCUUUCUAGGGCUGUUAGGAGUUUGGCUGGCUGGCUUACCUCUACCAACAAUCAAUGGCUUCCUUUCUGCAUUCUGCUGCUCAGUGCUGUACGUUGUAUUUGGAAGUUCACAUCACAUCUCAAUUGGCUCAUUCAGCAUCCUAAAUCUAGUGGUGAAAAAUAUUCUCAAGUCCCUUGAUCUCAACAAAACGUUGUCCUUUAACAGUUCACUGGUCAAUUUUUCAGACCCUACACUUUUGAAAGGUUACGUGGAGACCUUGGCACUCACUGCGUCAGUGACAUUUAUGACUGGCAUAAUUCAGUUACUGCUAGGCUGCUUCUGCCUGAAGUCUGUAACAGCAUACUUGCCAAAGGCUCUCAUUGAUGCUUACCUCUCUGCAGCAGCAUUGCUUGUCAUUGUAUCACAGUUCACUUUUAUCUUUGACAUUGUGCUUGACAUCCAUAAGGGCUCUCGAGACAUUUUUUAUAAUGCGUUCUAUUAUUUCCUGGCUCUCCCAAAGUCUAAUGCCACCAGCAUACUGCUAUUUUUGCUUAGCAUGGCCAUGCUACAAAUCAGUAAAGCUAUCCGGAUAACUUAUCUUCAUAGUCCUGUUGCAUUUCCAAUGGAGCUUCUCUUGAUCAUCACAGCUACCAUUAUUGCCAAUUGUAUUCAUCUUCACGCUGAAUCUAGCAGUGCUGUGCUCAGUAUGAUUCCUCAGAGGUUUCUACCUCCUACACUGCCAGAUUUAUCAAACCUGAGCAAGAUCAUCUUGCAUGCUUUCUCCCUUGCUAUUGUAAGCUGCUUCCUUCUUGUUUUCAUUGGAGAGAAGUAUGCUUUGCUUCAUAACUACAGCAUUUCCAGCAGUCAGGAACUAAUAGCUGUGGGGCUUUGCAAUAUUUGCAGUUCGUUUUUCAGAAGCUUUGCUGUCAGCUGUGCUAUUUCUGGAACUGUCAUCCAAGAGAAGGCGGGUGGAAGAACCCAGAUAGCAGCACUGAUGGGAGCAUCUAUAAUGCUGGUGAUUGCAUUGAAACUAGGACACUUUUUCCAGAUGAUACCUAAUAGCGUGCUGGCUGCUAUUGUAGUAUUUAACAUGCUACCUUUUCUUGAAAAACUUCUGGACAUUCCUACCCUGUGGAGAAAGGAUAAGUAUCAUUUAGCUAUUUGGCUUGGAACUUUUGCUGCAGUGCUUUGUCUUGGUCUUGAUAUUGGUUUACUGAUCGCCCUGGCAAUUGCAUUCUUCAUAAUCAGCAUCAGGACACACAGAAUGAAGAUGGUGGAGCUGGGACAGAUUCCAAACACGAAUAUUUAUAGAAGUUUAUCCAUCUGCAGAGCCGCAAUGGAGAUUGAUGGUGUCAAAAUCUUUCAGUGCUGUUCUUCCAUUUCUUUUGCAAAUAUGAAUAGCUUCAAAAAUUACUUGUUACACAAGAUGGACAUGAAAACAGUGCCUCUAAAUCCAAAUGAAAUUAGAGCCUUAGUUUCAGCUAAUCUGUCUGACAUUUCAGUGGAAAGCAAAGAUUUUAAAUGCUCUUGUGUCUGUGAUCCACCCUUACCACCACCUCGGAUACCAUAUACAGAGAAACUGGUGAAGUCAUAUCAUGUAGACAGUAAUUCCACGUCAUCUUCAGUUAACUUGGUACGUUGGUCAGAGUACGGAGUUAGACAGAACUGUGGGAUGCUCUUGCUGGGAGCAGCUAAUGCGCAGUCUGCGUCUCCAGGCAUUAAAACACAACUUCAGGCUGGAAAAAAUGAGGACGAAGGGAAACAAGCUGGUGUUUCACCGAGCUCUGCAGUAGGUAAUACCUCAGCACAAUUAGAUCAGGAAGAACAGCCAGUACAUUUGCCAAGUCCGGUUCACACCAUUAUUUUGGACUUCAGUAUGGUCCAGUUUGUGGAUUUGCAAGGUUCAGACUUACUACGACAGAUCUUCCAUAUGUUUUUCAAUAUCGGCAUUACAGUCCUUAUAGCUGGCUGCCAUUCCUCUGUGAUAGCAGCCUUUGAGAAGAACGAGUUCUUUGACAGCUGUGUCACCAAAGAAAUGUUCUUUCUAACUCUUCACGAUGCUCUGCUGGCUGCUUUGGCGAGGCAUCAAAAGCCAGAUGAGAUAGAACUUACUGCAGAAGAGCAUGCUGAAAAGCUACAAGCUGAAGAUGAGAUGGAAAUAAAUUUGCUUAUGGAGAAGAAUGGAGGCUUCUUCUCUGCAAGGAAGCCUAACAGCAAACUCCUGCGUGAAGAGCCAAUAUCAGAUAACUCAUACUCAGCCCAGAAUGCAGCAGAGUCAAGCUCUCACCUGCAGUUUGAAACUCUGUCCCUUCAACUGAAUUUCUAGGACCUCGCAUGGGACAAGGAAUGGAAGCAUAACAGCAACAUGUGGAUUACAACUAUUGGGGAAUUGGGAUUUCAGUAGAAGGAAGAAAGGUACAGUUAAGCAGCAGUUGUGGUCAUUCUUAUCAGUAUUUGAUGCUCUUUUUUUUUUUCUCCUGUUUUUAUAUUUAGACAGCUUGACUAAUGCCUACAGUAAUUCUGUGGUUCUUAUCAAAAAGGAACACCUAGAUAAUUAUUUUCAAGUAGAUGGGAUACUCUCAGCAAUGUACAAGAGAAUUCCUAGUUUUGGUGAAUUCUAGCAAAUGAUUUGUGCAUCUUUUCUGAAAUUCUUUAGAAGUUGGUUUAAAUGCUUCAGCUGAGCACUUUUUAUGUAUUUAUUUAUUUAUUAUUUAUUAUUAUUUAUUAUAUGUAUGUAUUGGUAGUAAGUAAAACUCAUCUGCCAUAUCUGAAUCGAUUACAUGCAGGCAGAUUCAUUAUCUUCAGAGUGUGUAGAGUGAUGUGAGCUUCAAAGGAAAGCAUUUUCUUAUUGCUGCUCAACAAGUUGCUGAAGUUGAUAUUGUCAGCACUAACAUAACAUGAGUAUUUCUUCUGUUUACCAGAUUUACCAGAACAAAAUCCCAGUAAACAAAAAAUUUAAUUACAUUUUCUUUGCAGUCUCUUACUGAAAUGGUAAAGAACGGAGGAAUGUAUUUAUUUUGUUCUGAAGAGCCAGAAAAAAAUUGUAGACUAAGAUAUAGGUAACGCUUAGGGAAAAAAAAAUCAGCUUGCUCAUAUUUUCUGCAUCAGCCUAAGCUAGGGUUGUACUGACAGCAGCGGUGUUCAACUACAUCAGCAAUGUAUGUCACAGGACUCUGCCAUGCCCUUAUUUGUUCCAUGGCACAGACUGCCCUUGUGGAGAGUCACAGGUAAAACUAAUUUUACAUGAGGGGACAGCAUUUGUCUGUAAAGCUGCAGUUCUGUAUGUGUGAUCUACAGUGGUAAAGGAUUUUGGUGAGUUGUGCCAAGUUACUUAGUGUGGAGGAAACUGAGUGCUGGAGCCCUCAUAUCGUUUGGAUUGAAAGAUAGGAAAACUGAAAGCUCAAAUGGUAUCGAGUAAUUUUCAAACCACAUAUGCUUCCCUGCAUUGUUUUGGACAGUGGCUUCAUGCCAAGCUCCUCUCAGCUCUGUUCAAAACAGAGUAGCACAAAACCCAUGAAAAUCAUAGUCCUCAUUUCCAGAUUCUGUUGGCUCUGCUAUGGCAGCCUUGAUUUAAGGUGAAAUGGCAUUCGUAGCUGUUGGCACUAUGGAAAGUCUCCACUACAAACCAAAGACUUGAGUUUUUUGUUGGCUUACUGGGCAGAGUUCAGUGUUUUUCCUUCCUACCAUGUGACUGCAGAGUGGAACACCAGGGGACAGCUUGGACGUCAGCAUAUUAGUUUUCAAAUUAUGAGCAUUGUUGUUGCAAAACAAAUACUUUGCUGACAGGAAGUUCAGACAAACCUGAUCAUUUUCCUAUACAGCUGUACAGUGCCUCAGCUCCUGCAUGCAUACAGAAUGCUUCUGUGAUUCACCAAGCACAAAUCCGUGGACACAGGCAGUGAAGUGGCAGAGCACGUACUUUAUGGCUGAGGACUCCACCUGUGCCUCUGAAGUCAGAGUUCAAAGGCCUGCCUGCAGUAGUGUGUUUGGAGGCAGUUUGAUGUUCUCGCCUGAUCUAGUUGCAACAAAUGCAGCUGUUUUGUGCAGACAGCAUCUUUUUAAUGCCCUUCUGAACCAGUACAAACCCAUGACAUUUUCCUAGGAGGGCAUGCUGCAGAGUCCCAGGCAGCUUUCUCACUGCGCUGAAUUAGAGGGUGCUGAUCCCAGAACAUCACCACGCAAAAUGCAAAGUGUGUGCAGCCUGCCGGCCCUGCCUGUUGGCAUUUUAUUGACAUACUGCUUUGGUACACACAUGGCUGCAGAAAACAGAAGGUGGUAGAGAAACCUCAGGAGCUGCACAGAGUGUGGCAGGAGCAGUUCUUAGGCAACAGGCUGCAGUGUGUCACACUGCGGAAGCUAUGAGGAAGGACCAGGUAAACUGGUUGUGUAUGGGCAUAGUUUGGUGGCAUUCGUUCUGCUUUAAAAAUGAAUGCCAGGCUGGCUGUGGGAAGUUGACUGUAGUUGGGCCUAGAGCUGGCUCAGAACCCCUCUGUGGGCCAAAUUCACUGAAGUGUGAUGUGCAGCAUUGGCUACAGGAGGUGUGAACGUGCACUAAUAGGACCAGCUGCAGGAGUCCCAGUGCUAAUACAGGACAAUAGAUCCCACAAAAGGAACAGGCAGCCAAUAUACUGAACUCGAAGUGGUGUUUGUCGUCUGUUUAUACUGUGUUUAUACUCCUUUGAGGAAAGAACUUUCUUAUAUGGUUGCUGUUGGAUGUGAGCAGCGUGCUCCAUCAUGCUUGAAGUCUCCAGCUCAGUGCUACUUCUAGCACAGCGGUUGUGGAAGGCUGAAAUCGGGGACUGCGUGUAUCCUUCUCCGUGUCACAUUAUUGCCAUAUUUUGUACUAUCGCAUCUCACUUAGAACUCU